CGUGAGCGGCUUCAUCCGACAGACCAUCCAGCCCGGCAUCUCCGUGUCUCUCAAGUGCAUCGCCUCCGGCAACCCGACGCCCAACAUCCGCUGGACUCUGGACGGCUUCCCGUUGCCGCAGGCCGACAGGUUCGUGAUCGGGCAGUACGUGCCGAUGCACGGCAACGUCAUCAGCCACGUCAACAUCACGGGCGUGCGCGUCGAGGACGGCGGCACGUACCGCUGCACGGCGGCCAACCGCGUCGGGGAGGUGCACCACCAGGCGCAGCUCAACGUGUACGGCCCGCCGCAGACGCGGCCCAUGGGGGAGAUCUCGGCCGUGGCCGGCGAGACGCUCUCCAUCAGCUGCCCGGCGGCGGGCUACCCCAUCGACGAGAUCCGCUGGUUCCGCGACGGGCCUUCGGGCGAGCGCGCGCUGCCCACCAUGCGGCGCCACGUCGUCUUCCCCAACGGCACCCUGGUGGUGCAGAAGGUGCAGUCGGGCGCGGACGGCGACGGCGGCCACUACCGCUGCACCGUCACCAACAAGCAGGGCCGCUCCGCCUCGUCCAGCGCGCACGUCAGCGUCAUGGUGCCGCCCAAGAUCACCCCGUUUAGCUUCCGCGCCGACCUGCACCUGGGCGAGCGCGUGGGCGUGCAGUGCGUGGUGGGCAAGGGCGACCCGCCGCUGGAGAUCCACUGGCUCAAGGACGGCCGCCUGCUGUCGUCGUCCGAGGCCACGGCGUCGUCGGGCGCGGCGACGGCGACGGGCGUGGUGGUGCGCAGCCUGGACCAGUUCACCAGCGUGCUGUCCAUCGGCGCGCUGUCGCGGCCGCUGGGCGGCAACUACACCUGCGUGGCGAGGAACCCCGUGGCCCUGGCCGCGCACUCGGCGCAGCUGGACGUCAACGUGCCGCCGGCCAUCAGUCCCUUCUCGUUCGGGGAGCUGUCGGCGGGCGAGCGGGCCCGGGUGACGUGCAGCGUCAAGCGCGGGGACCCGCCCGUCAGCAUCUCGUGGCUCAAGGACGGCCGCCCCCUCCCCCUUCCUCUCCUCCCCUCCUCUCCCUCCUCCCAAGCGGCGCAUGCGCGAGGCCACGACGUGAGCGUCAGUAGGGACCUGGAGGAGUUCUCCAGUGUGCUCGCUAUCCCUAGUGUAGGCUCUAGGCACUCGGGCAACUACACCUGCCUCGCGAGGAACCCCGCCAAGACGACCAGCUUCACGGCGCCUCUCAUCGUCACGGUGCCCCCCACGUGGGUCGUGGUGCCCUCGGACAGGGAGACCAGGCUCGGCCAGUCCGCCGUCCUGGACUGCCAGGUGGAAGGCUUCCCGCAGCCCAGCGUCACGUGGAAGAAGGCGGCAGCCAACGACCCCGGCCAGUACCAGGACGUGGUGGGCACGGAGCUGCCCCGCGCCGUGAUGGGCACGGGGCGCGGCGACGGCCUGGACGGCCUGGAGGGCGGCCCCCCGAGGGGCAUGGCCGUGCUGGCCAACGGGUCCCUCGUCUUGGAGCGCGUGCUGCAGACCGACGGCGGCCGCUACCUCUGCGAGGCGAGCAACGGCAUCGGGGUGGGCGUCAGCGCCGUGGUCACCCUCACGGUGCACUCGCCCGUGCACUUCGGCGCGCGAUCCCGGAAAGAACUGGCCCGGCGCGGACAGACGGUGACGCUGAGCUGCACGGCCCUGGGGGACCUGCCCAUCACCCUCACCUGGCGCGUGGCCGGCGCCCCCAUCGAGGACCGCGGCCGCUUCAGCAUCCGCAACGCGUCGCUGUCCAACGGGCUGCGCUCCGAGCUGCAGGUGCAGGGCCUGCAGACGGAGGACGGCGGGCUGUACACGUGCUUCGGCAAGAACCAGUACGGCCACGACCAGACGCAGAUCAGCCUGCUGGUGCAAGACUCGCCGAGCGCGGUGGCCAACCUUCGCCUGGUGGAGCAGUCCAGCAGGACGGCGACGGUGGCGUGGGCGCCGCCCCAGGACGGCAACAGCAUCAUCACGCGCUACUUGGUGCGGUACAGGCUCGUGCCGAACCAAGACCACCAGGGCUCGCGGCCCGCGGGGGACGACGUAGACGCCUGGGAGGACAACAUCCCGGAGGGCGGCUCGACCACGGAGGUGGUGGUGGACGCCCCGCUGCAGAGCGCGCAGCUGUCGGCGCUGCGGCCCGCCUCGCUGUACGUGGUGACGGUGGUGGCGGAGAACUCGCUGGGGCAGGGCCCGGCGUCCAAGCGACUGCCGCUGCGCACGGACGAGGAGCCACCCGCCGCCGCGCCCACGCACCUCGCCGUCGAGGCGUCGUCAUCCACGCAGCUGACGGUCAAGUGGGAGGCGCCGGCGCCCGAGUCGUGGCACGGCCCGCUGCUCGGCCACUACGUCGGGCACCGCGAGCUGGGCCGCGACCCGGAGGGCAAGCGGCAGUACAACUUCACGACGGUGCCGUGGAGCGGCGGCGGCAGCAGACAGGAGACCACCGUCCUGGCGGGGCUCAGCAAGUACCGGCAGUACGGCGUGGUGGUGCAGGCCUACAACCCCAAGGGCGCGGGGCCGCUGUCCACCGAGGUGGUGGCGCAGACACUGGAGGACGUCCCAGAGGCGGCGCCGCGGGACGCGCACUGCUCGCCGGAGUCCCCGGAGUCCCUGCGCGUACACUGGCAGCCUCCCCCGGAGAUGCUGGUGCACGGCGUCAUCCAGGGCUACAGGCUGCUCUACCAACCGGUCCAAGUCCCAGGCCAGCAGGACGUGGCCGAGGUGCAGAACAAGAUGACCACCGAGUUGAGCUCCACACUUCACGGCUUGUUUAAGUACACCAACUACAGCAUUCAGGUCUUGGCUUUCACUCGAGUCGGCGAUGGCAAUGUGUCUGCCCCUAUCUUCUGUAGAACGAAAGAGGACGUCCCGGGCCAGCCUGGCGGCAUCAAGGCGAUGCUCAUGGCCCCGGACACCGCCAUGGUGACCUGGCUGCCGCCCGCGCACCCCAACGGCCAGCUCACCAAGUACAGUGUGUACGUCAGGGACCUGGAGGGGGGGCGACAGGUGGAGGCCCGCAACAACCCCGUGCCCGCGCCGCCCGUCGAGUCACCGUCGUCGUCCUCGGCGUCCACCAGCCUGCUGCAGUUCCGCCUCAACGGCAUGCGCAAGAAGCACAACUACGAGUUCUGGGUGACGGCCCACACGCGCGUCGGCGAGGGCCAGAGCAGCGCCGUGGUGACCCUCGGUCCCAGCCCCAACGUGUCCGCGGCCAUCAUGGCCUUCGGCGGCGUGCGCGUGGUGACGUGGAAGAGCCUGGUGCGGCUCGGCUGCCAGGCCGUCGGGCAGCCGCCGCUGUCCCGCGAGUGGCUGCUGGGCGACGCCCCCCUCGUCGCCGUGCCGCCCAGGAUGAUCCUGGCCAACAAGGACGGCGACGGCGCGCUCACCAUCAACUCGGCGCAGCGCAACGACCAGGGCGACUACAAGUGCGUCGUGUGGAACAAGUUCGGCCGCGACCACAUCGUGUACCAGCUCAUCGUGCACGUGCCGCCGCACUUGCCCCUGCUGCUGUCGACGGGCAACUCCCAGCACACGCUGCAGCUGCAGUGGAAGCUGGGCGACGACGGCGGCUCGCCCGUCAGGGGCUUCGCGCUGCACUACAAGGCGGAGCACGGCGAGUGGGAGGAGCACCGCGUCGACGGGACGUGGAACACGCACACGCUGUCGGGGCUGCGUUGCGGCACGCUGUACCACGUGUACGUGACGGCGUGGAACCGCGUGGGCUCGGGCCCCGCCAGCGCCACGCUGGACCUGCGCACCAAGGGCGGCGUGCCGGCCAAGGCGCCGGCCUCGGGGCCGCAGGCCCUCGUCAAGCCCAACGUGACGGCGCUGCUGCUGCGCCUUGACGAGUGGCCGGACGGCGGCUGCCCGCUGCUCUACUUUGUGGUGGAGUUCGCGCCGGCCGGCCAGCGGCCCGACGGCUGGACCGUCGUGUCGAACAACAUCGCGCCCGGCAGCCCCUACCAGGUGAGCGCGCUCACGCCCGCCACGGAGUACCGGCUGCGCGUCACGGCCCACAACGAGGCGGGCUCCACGCAGGCCGAGUACCUGGCGGCCACCCUGGACACCAACGGCGGCGGCGGCGCGGUGGGCCGCGUGGGCGCGGGGCAGGGCCCCGCGCACGUGGCCACCACCACGGACCAGCGGCCGCUCCCGCCCUUCCACCAGGACGUCAAGAUGGUGGCCCUGACGAGCGUGUCCGUGGCCGCGCUCGUGCUCAGCUUCCUCGCGCUGCUGCUGUGCCUGCGAAAGACGCGCGCGGCCGGCGCGGGCACGUCGCCGGUCAACAGCGUCCUGGGCGGCGUGGUGGCCGGCCAGACGGCCACGCAGGACAACAAGCACAACCUGGCCAGGAGGGAGCAGUACUACGCGACGCUGCGCAAGCUGCCGCCCUCGCCCGCCACCCUGGAGUGCAUUCCAGAGUACUCGGACGACAUCCGGCCGUACGCCACCUUCCAGGUCGCCGGCAGCGCCGAGGCCACCAAGCUGCAGACCUUCACGUACCGGGAGCGCAUGGGCGAGCCGCUGUCGUCCCCCGUGCGGAGGGGCUCCAAGCAGAGCGAGUACUGCAGGCCGACGCGCUCGUCCUCCAGGAAGGGCAGCCGCAGCUGUCCGCCCGAGGAGUACGAGAGCUACGGCUCCGAGUCGGACCGUUCGGACACGGAGCCGGGCACGUCGAGUCGCACCGAGUCGUCCAACCAGCUGGACGAGCACGCCUACCACUUCCAGCUGCAUCAGCCCUUCCCGCCGCACCUGCACCAGCUGCAGCAGCAGUUGCAGCAGCGGCAGCACAAGGACUGGAGUCCCCCGGGGCAGCUCCCCCUCCCCCUCCGCGGCCGGCCGUACCUGCCACGCCCCUGAUCCACUGUGGAAGUGAGUAGCUCGCGUCGCCUCUGAAGCGGCCGGCGGUGUUCCGGCCAGCACGUCUAGUCCAAUGCCAAAGAAUGACCCUCUCCUCGAGGAGAAAUUUGACUCAAGCAUUCCGUCGAUAACGCGUUUUCAACGCCAGUGGCUGUUGAGAGUACUCAUGCUUUUAAGUGGUCAUCGGACAGAACAACCUAUUUUCAAAGGGUUUCCCAUGUGACUUACGCCCUUAUGCCCAACGGCCGCUGACUUCCGAAAUGACUCAAGUGCCACUGGGCGCUCGACCGCGUUGGUAUGUAUGGACUUUUAUAUUUAUGUACUCCAGGGCCCAGGUUCAAAUAUCCCUGUGGCCACUGAGCGUUAUUAUUGGCGUGCAGAUUUUAAAUGGAAUUCUGUCUCGUUGUCUAACUUACGUAUGUACCCCUCAGGAUCUGAGGAUUAAAUCUUAUCUGACUGAGUGUGUUAAAGUUCUGGUAAAAGUUACUAUUUGCCAAGAGACUUCUAAAGUAUCUGUUUAUAUUUGUACCUUAAUUGUGCCCAAAUAGGUAUACAAAUGAGGCGUGAGCUAUCAAAGAGAGUUUUAUCUUAUCUGUUAAACUGUUUAUCAUUUACAUUUGUUGGGUGUCGAUCCCUGAAAGCAGAUGAUCAGGAUUUCACCAAAUGUUUGAUUGAGUUCAGCUCACUGUGUCCCUUGCAUUGAUGCCAGUACAAAAGACUGCUUAUUUUAAAAGGCUAGGUUAAGAAAGUGGGUUAAAGAUGAUAUUUAAACCACUUAAAAUGUGCCUACACAUGUUCAUCUGAACAGCAUCGUGAGAUUUUUAUUUAUAUGAAAAAGAAAUGUUAUAAAUAUUGUUCUGUACAAAGAAAUUGUACUAUCUAUGAAUAAUCAUGACAUUGUUUGUUACAAAAUGAGUUAGUUAAAAUAUUGUUGCUUUUAAAUUGAUUAAAUAAAACGACUUGGUGAGAAAGUUGCUGCAUUUUUGUCU